GACGUCAUUUGCUCCGCGUUGGCCUGGACGUGGCACCGAGGAGGAGCUGCGUCUUCAGUCCGCUCCACCCGCCUCAUUCCGGCCCGAUCUCCGGCCCGAUCUCCGGCCCGCCCGCCUCUCCGGCCCCGUCUCCGGUCCCGUGUCCGGCCCCGGCCCCUCUCCCGCAGCAGCUCGACCCAGAACCGUCCAGGAUGGGUCUGACCAUCUCCUCGCUGUUCUCCAGGCUGUUCGGGAAGAAGCAGAUGCGGAUCUUGAUGGUCGGUCUGGAUGCAGCUGGAAAAACCACGAUCCUGUACAAGCUGAAGCUCGGGGAGAUCGUCACCACCAUCCCAACUAUCGGUUUCAAUGUGGAGACGGUGGAAUACAAGAACAUCUGCUUCACAGUUUGGGACGUCGGCGGUCAGGACAAGAUCCGGCCUCUGUGGAGACACUACUUCCAGAACACCCAGGGUCUGAUCUUCGUAGUCGACAGUAACGACAGAGAGAGAGUCGCCGAGUCGGCGGAGGAGCUGUCCAAGAUGAUCCAGGAGGACGAGCUGAAGGAGGCGGUGCUCCUGGUCUUUGCCAACAAGCAGGAUCUCCCCAACGCCAUGGGCGUCAGCGAACUCACCGACAAACUGGGCCUGCACAGCCUGCGCAGCAGAACCUGGCACGUCCAGGCCACCUGCGCCACUCAGGGUACCGGUCUGUACGAGGGGCUGGACUGGCUGUCCAACGAGCUGUCGAAGCGCUAGAGGCGACGGAGGAGGAUGAUGAUGUCACCGAGGAGACGAGGAGACGAGGAGAGGAAGACUUUCUGGCUUUUAUUUUGGUCUGAUUUAUUUUCCUUUUUUAAAUAAAUUAUAAGUGUGUCUGUAGGAGGAAGUGAUGUCAUGGACUCUGAGCUCACCUGGUUCCCAUCGUCCUCUUCUUCUUCUGUUCUGCAGGUGUUUGUUAGGUCGUUUUAUUGUUUUUUUUUUAAUCCGCAUGUUUUAACUCCAGAUCAUGUGACAGGAUGUGGUGGGAGUUGGGGGGGCGGGGCUUAUGGCAGGCGAACCCAGUCAUGUGAUGACUCAUUCCACAGAGCCGGAACCCGACGGCCUCGUCGUUCCUUGUUUAAUGUGAAGAAGAAGAAGAAAUGCAGAGACAGCGAUGAUGCAAUAAAGGGUUUUUUUUUCUUCUCA